AUGCUCGUGAACUUUCCGGCCGUUGCGGGCGCCUCGGGCGCUGCCGAGAGCUCGGCCGACCGCGACGGGCCCUUCCCCAGCAGCAGAGCCAUCGUCGGCGUCGCGGCUGAGGGUGCUCACGUGGGAGAGAGCUCGAGGCGCGAGCGGGGCCCCGUUGGAUGGCCGAGGGCCGCCAGUGCCAGCGGAGGGCUCGCGAGUGCAGUGCCCGGGGGCGGCGGCGGAUGCGCAACCUGCCGCCGCCCGAAGCGCGUCACUGGAAAGCGGGCUUGGUCAGCUAGGGAGAGCUCGAGCGGCGCUGCCAGCGAAUCCGAGGCCGCCGUCGAGCUCAAGCGGCAGAGGACGCUGGCGAGGCGUGUGAAGAGGCGGCACCACGCGGUGGCUCGUGCGAUCGAGGGCGGGGUGCCGCUCGACCGAUGCUUGGAGUCGGGCACGGUGACGCCGCGGGUGAGGGCCCAGUAUCAGAGAGUGCUCGAGCAGUUGAAGCAGAGGUGUGGCCGCCAGGACUUUUUCGAGAUGCCAGCGGAGACGAUGGGCGCCUGCCUGGUCCACUACUUCACCUCGCUGUACCUGCUGGGCGAGCAGGCUUCGACGGGGAUGUAUGUCGCGGCGGCUGUGAGCCAUUUCAACCCAAGGUUUGGGCGCUUGGGCGCGGACACAUUACCACGGAUGUGGAAGGCGCUGAAAGGAUGGAAGCGGCUGGCGCCUGGGAGAGCCAUGAUGCCCGAGCCGCUGAACAUCUGGUGUGCCCUUAUGCAUGUUCUGGUGGUACGGGGGCGACGGAUGAUGGCGGUGUCCUUGGCGCUGGCUGUGUCGACCUACCUCGGGCCGUCGUCCCUGUUCCGUCUGCGCCCUGGCGACAUAGUGAAACCAGGAGGUGGCAGUCAGCACUGGGGACUCCUCAUGCACCCCCAGGAGCGAGCGACGCCCGACAAGGUGGGAGAGUUCGACCUGAGCGUGAGGCUGGACUCCUCGUGGCUUCGGUGGAUCGGGCCAGUCCUGAGCGAGAUGCAGAUGCUCGACCCUCGGCAGCCUGUGUGGGAGUUCGACUACCCCGAGCUGCUGCGCGAGAUGAAGGCGGCCUGCCGCAUGCUGCAGCUGCGGCCCGUCACGCCGUAUCAGGCGCGGCACUCGGGCGCCGGCAUCGACCGUGCCAGCGGCGAGAGGACGCAGGCAGAGGUGCAGCGGCGAGGAGGCUGGCGCCAGUUGAAGAACAUGGCGCGCUACGAGAAGAGCGCGCGCCUCGGGCAGCGCGCGCAGAUGCACGGGCCGAUGCUGGAGGCGUACGGCGACCAGUGCCUGCGCGAGCUGGAGCGCGCCUUGGUGUGGGGGCGAGCGCGGUGCAAAGCGCUCCUGAUCGGGGACGAGCUGGCCACGAUCGGGUCGGGCCUCGCCGAGAGUGGGGUGCCUACCUGGAUGUGGCGAGGCGACGCCCUCUGUGACGAGCGGCUGGGCGCGCCCCUGGAGCGCCGCCUCCAGGCGCACAUGCGGCGUGGCGAGGUGGUCGUGCUUUUCCUGUCGCCCACGCUGCCGUCGGCGAGCAAAGCUGCAGGGAG